GAAUCUCAACAGGCAUUUGAAAUAAGCCUUGAAAAUCCUCUAUAACCCGCUCUCUCCGGCAAUUUACCUGCUCAGCGCCCAGUCUCGCUAGCAUCUUCCUUCCCUGAGCUUCAAAUGCUACGCCAUUAUGGAUAUGGAUACUAUGCUGAGAACUGAACAGCAGCAAGUGGUUGAUGAGAGCAUCGCACUGCAAUCUGAGAAUGCAGUUUUCGUACCGACCUAAAUGCUGCCAACGCCGCUAUGGAUGCUAUGCUCACGGAUCUUGAAGCUGCCGAGGAGUCACUGCAGCGAGAACAGGCCUUGUUGGUUCAGAAAGAUGCCGAAAUCAACAGACUAAAGCAGCAACUUGAUUUCCAUACCGCUUCACUCUCAUUGCACACAACGAAUCAGCCGAAUGCAGAAUUAGACCAGCUUCAAGCGCGCCUUCAGGAUCUCGAAACAAACCUCCAGGAUGCAGACCGUCAGGACCACGAGCAGGCGGCCGAGAUGCAUGCCUUGAAAGCCCGCCUGCAGAAGACCCUCGCGCAGCUGAAGCACCUGGAAAAGGAAUACACAGCGCUUCUUGAGCAGCAAGCCCCCGCCCAGCUUGGGCUGCAGGCAGAGAUCGAGUUGGAAAUGCAAAAGCAGGUGGACGAGCUACAGUACCUGGUUGAUUUCUACAAGCAGAACUGGGAGGAAGCGUCCUAUCAGAUCAAGGAUGCCCGGGAUAGGCAAGAGGAGCUGCGGCAGAGUAUCAUAGUCAAGAACCAGCAGCUCCGGAACCAGGAGGCCCAAAUCCAAGGACUCAAGCUACAGCUCGGAAUCCCUAUAUGA